AUGACUAUGUUUGAGGAUGUCACCCGGGCCCUGACUAGAAAGCUGAACCCUGGAGGGGAUCUGACGCCCCUAGACAGCCUCAUCGACUUCAAACGCUUCCGUCCCUUCUGCCUGGUGCUGAGGAAGAGGAAGAGCACACUGAAACUGUCAGCAGGCCACCCGUUCCUGAAGGAGAUGCGGGAACGCAAGAAGAACCUCUAUGUGGUGAUGGAGGUAGUGGAAGCCAAGCAGGAAGUCACUCUGGAACAAACCGGCAACGCAAAUGCCAUCUUCUCUCUCCCCAGCUUUGCCCUACUGGGACUACAGGGAUCCAUGAACCACAAGGAGGCUGUAACCAUCCCCAAGGACUGUGUCCUGGCCUAUCGAGUGAGACAACUGAUGGUCUGUUUUAACAAUCAUUGGGACAUUCCACACAUUUGUGAUGACAGCAUGCAAACCUUCUUUAAGCCCAGGGCCAUGCCUCACAGUGCCAUGCCUCACAGCGCCAUGCCUCACAUCGCCAAACCUCUCAGACUCCCCCUAUCUCCUGCCCAGAUGAUAUUUGACUUCAAGACACUAAAGGAAGAGGUUCAGCGAGAGACUCAAGCAGUGAAGAAGUUGAGUCCAGUGGGGCGAAGUUCCCUACUCACUUCCCUCAGCCAUCUCUUAGGAAAGAAGAAAGAGCUCCAGGAACUUGAGCAGAAGCUUGAAGGGGCUCUAGACAAGGGACACAAAGUGACCCUGGAAGCACUCCCCAAAGAAGUCCUGCUGUCAAAGGACGCUAUGGACGCCAUCCUCUACUUCCUCGGGGCUCUGACAGAGCUAAGUGAAGAACAACUGAUGAUUCUAGUAAAAUCCUUGGAGAAAAAGAUCCUAUCAGUGCAACUGAAGCUGGUUGAAAGCACCUUGGAGAAGAACUUCCUGCAGGAAAAAGAGAUUGUUUUCCCCCUGCAGCCUGAUCUGCUCUCCUCCCUCGGGGAGGAGGAACUGAUCCUAACAGAAGCACUGGUGGGACUAAGUGGCCUGAAAGUCCAGAGAUCAGGACCCCGGUACACAUGGGAUCCAGACACUCGCCCCCACCUUUGUGCCCUCUAUGCUGGUCUCUCCCUCCUUCAGCUGCUAAGCAAGGAUUCCUAA